CUAGAGAAAAAGGAUGUUUCAAAAGAGAAGUCGUCUUGUGGCAAUGCGUCAGUGGUCCAGCUAACUACCAGAACUUGGAAAUCCGCGAUGGAGACUAAGGCAGCAGAGACGAAACACAUAGAUGUACAUACAGGAAAUAAUAAAGAAAAAGUCAGUAAAGCCAAGAAGAACAAAAGAAAGGUGGAUGCUGAAGCCCAUCCGUCAGAUGAGCCUGUGAACGAGGAACCAGUGACAAAAAAGAUAAAAAAGAUGGAAAGCAAAUCCAAAAAUAGUACCGAGGUGUCAAAGGAUGACAGCAAGACGGAGGAGACUAAGGGGGACAAUAAAAAGCAAAAUACUUCCAUUAAAAAAGGUGCAAAGAAGAAACCUCAAAAAGAUAAGUCAAGUGAGAAAGGCAGCAGACCUGCUCAGGAGACACAGAAGGAGACGGCUCCAGCAGAGCCUCCUUCCAUGGAGCUGGCUCAGGAGGAGGUCUCUUCUGAUCCUGCGCUCACUCAGGUGGUGGUCGCCCCUGCAGGCUCUGCUAGGCCCGGGCUUCCUUCUCCCAUGAAUAUUGCUCAGACUGGGCCUGCUCAGAUGGAGCUGCCUUCUCUCCUGGAGCCUCCUCAGAGGGAGCCGCCUCCUCCCCUGGAGCCUGCUCAGAGGGAGCCACCUCCUCCCACAGAGCCUCCAAAGAUGGAGCAGCCUCUUCCCAUGGAGCUUACUCAGAUGGAACAGCCUCCUCCCAUGGAGCCUGAUCAGAUGGAGCCUCCUCCUCCCAUGGAGCCUGCUCAGAGGGAGCCGCCUCCUCCUAUGGAGCCUGAUCAGAUGGAGCCGCCUCCUCCCAUGGAGUCUCAGUGGGGACAUUGUCAGAAGAGGCUGCUUUGUCCUUUGGACCAUGCUCAGGUGGAGGUUGCUCAGACAGGGCCUCCUCACAUGGAAUCUGUUCAGAAGGAGCCUCCUGCUGUCAUGGAGCCACCUCUUCAAGUGAAACCACUCACCAAAAGGUCUUCUCCCCGAAAAGAGAGUACCAAGGAGAAGUCGGGCAUUCGGAGUGAGGUGGUGCGGCAGGAGCAAGUCCUUAUUGAAGUUGGCUUAGUGCCUGUUAGAGAUAGCCAGCUUCUGAAGGGAAGCAGGCGCACACAGGAUCUUCCAAAGGGAAACUCAAGAAGAGACGAGACACCCAAGGACCAAGAAAUUGGCUCUGAUGGGGAAGGAAAUAAAAUGACCCCUCUCAAGAAAGUGGGAACAGAGGAAGCUGGCAAGAGUCUAGCUAUGCUUGCUGCUCCCAAGGAAUCUACCAGUGUCUUAUCCUCGGAAAAAAACUCAAAUGGGUCAGGUGUUGAAACGUUACAUGCUAAGUGUCAGACUGGUUCAGCUGGGCUUUGUGAAAUGGAAGUGGACACUGAGCAGAACCCAGACAGUGAGUAA